AUGGAGGCUCGUCUUGAUCAGCUAGAAGCUUUACUCCGACAUGAGAUGCAAUUCAACGAAACGAGGAGACAAGAGAUGCAGCAGGAAAGCAAAGAGAAUUUCGCCACCCUCAACGCACGAUUCGACCAGUUGUUUGAACGACGGCGUGAGGAAGAAGAACCACGGUUUCAGCUUAUCAAUGAUAAUCCUAGAAAUCGACAACCGGACGGUCACCACGGGAACCCUAGAAUUAAAAUUGACUUCCCACGGUUCCGGGGAGAUGAGGACCCGACUACUUGGGUCUGCAGAGCUGAGCAAUUUUUUGAGUUCUAUGGCACUCCAGAGGAAGAGAAAGUGUUGUUAGCCUCCAUCUACCUGGAGGGCGAAGCCCAACUAUGGUUGCAGGUGUUAAAGGAUGGCGAUCAACAGCUCACCUGGGAUGACAUGAAGCGAGGGUUGCACACCCGGUUUGGCCCAACGCAAUUCGAAGAUUUCUUUGGAGAACUCACCAAGCUAAGACAGACGGGUAGUGUGCGGGACUACCAGUCCCAAUUUGAGAAAUUGCUUGUAAGGGCUGGGCGAAUGACGCAGGCACAACAAGUGAGUUGUUUUAUGAGUGGAUUAAAGUUGGAGAUUCGAACUGAUGUCCAAGUUUGUAAGCCAGCGACGCUGACAACGGCUAUCGGCCUCGCUCGACUGUAUGAAGACCGUUCGCGGGUUGUACACCAGGGGAUGAGAUUUCACAACACACCUCGUGGGAAUCUGCUAAUCAAGAGACUGAAUCCAGCAGAGGUGAAUGAAAGGCGGGCCAAGGGGCUUUGCUUCAAUUGCAAUGAAAGAUUCGGCUCGCCAUCGUUGUAA